UCCCAUCAUGGGAAAAUUUACACGGCUAUUUCGUGAAAACCGUCUGUUUUACUCAAAAUAAAGAACAACGUUGAGCAGAAAAAUCUAAGAAAACUGACAUCAGCGUAACUGUAACACUCGGGGUCUAAUUCAUGGAUUAUGUGGCGUUAAACGUGACACUAUGCUGAUUUGGAGGACGAGGACCGCUGGCUUUGUAGCACACGGGCGAGCGCUCCGCUGUUGAGCCUUACGGCCAUGGCUUCGGCGCUGAGUUGCUUCAGCGGUCCCGAGGUGCUGGAGGACGGGAAUCACGCUCGGGCUCUGAUGAGCGAGCUGAAAUUACUGUACGACUGUCGGCUGCUCGGGGACGUCACCAUCGAGGUCGGGAGCGAGGAAGAGUCGCUGGAGGCCGGCGGCGGCGGCUCGGCCGCGGCCGCGGCCGGAGCCGACCAGCUCUUCCUGUGCAGUCGCAACGUCCUCGCCGCCGCCAGCCCGUACUUUAAAAGCAUGUUCACCGGGGGCCUGAACGAGAGCGUGCAGGAGAGAGUGGCCAUCCGCGGCGUGGACGCGGAGUCCAUGGGGGUCAUCAUCGACUACUGCUACACGGGCAGAGUGACCAUUACAGAGGGCAACGUCCAGAGGCUGUACGCGGCGGCCAACAUGCUCCAGCUGGAGUACAUCAGGAGAGCGUGCUCCGGCUUCAUGACGCGGAGGCUGGACCUCUCCAACUGCGUUGGGAUCCUGAAGUUCGCGGACACCUACGACAACCCUGAGCUGAAGGAGAACGCGCAGGCCUUCAUCGCCAGGAACUUCAGCCAGGUGUGUGGUGGAGGGGAGCUGUGUGAGCUGGACCUGGUGCAGCUGAAGGAGCUGCUGUCUCUCGACACCCUGGACGUGGACACUGAAAGGAAGGUGUGCUCAGCCGCGCUGCAGUGGAUCGAAGCCAACCCGCCGCUGGACCGAGAGGAUGCUUUGCAGGCACUGAAGUGUGUACGCUGGAAUCUGUUCACGGAGAAGGACAAGUGUUACCUGGAGGGCCUAGUGGAGAGGCCUCUGAUUGACAAAUACCUGGCGUCUGUCUUUACCGGGUCCACAGAGAACGGCUGUGAGAUGUCUGCGACUCUGGAAGUACCAAAAAACAGAAUAGGCGUAAGUGCAAAGGAGAUGAUUCUCUUCUUCGGGCUGCCCAACGACAACAUAAUGUGCUGUGACCCGUAUUCAGAAGACCUCUACUUCAUGGCUCCUCCUUUAGAGGAUCUGAGCAGCGAGGAUUACAAGCGCUCCACCAUGGAGUCUUUAAUUGCCUGUGCUACACCUGACAACAACCUGUACCUGGCCUCCCACCUCUCCAAACACUUCUGGCUGUACAACCCUGUGCUCAACAGCUGGCAGGAGCUGGCAGAGAGGCCCCUGGGGAGAAUUCAUUCUGGGAUGGGCUACCUCAAUGGCCACGUGUACCUUCUGGGAGGAAGGAAUCCGUUGACCGACACCAGACUGAAGGACGUCGAGUGUUACAGCGUCCAGAGGAACCAGUGGACGUUUGUGGCUCCUCUGCCGCACUCUUUGGGUAAAAUGCAGGUGGUGGCUUUAAACGAUCACCUGUACGUGGUGAACAAAAGGAGGAUGCUUUGCUACGAUCCGAAGAGAAACCGCUGGCGCCACUGCGGAUCCCUGAGAAGAGACAAGCUGCAUAAGGCCUGCGUGUUUCAGGACCAGAUCAUCUGCGUGUGUGACAUCCCUGUGGUGAAAGCCUACAGCCCAACCAGAGGGGAGUGGAAGAGACUGGGCGACAUUCCCAUCGACAGUCGCGCCCUGAAUUACCAGGUGAUCCAGCACAACAACAAGCUGCUCCUCCUCACGCAGACGUUACUGCAACACAACAAGAACAGGGUCCUCAUCCACGAGUACGACCCCGCUCGAGAGACCUGGAAGAACGUCAUGGCAGUGUACGUGUCCACCCUGGGGCCCGUGUGCGUUUCAACACGCGUGUACCCAGCGUGCCUGGGCUCUGCUCACAGUUUCUCUACAGAGGAGGACGAUGACAGUGGCUCCAGCGCGGACUGGGACUUUGAUGGGUUGACAGACGCAGACUCAGACUCUGGCAGCUCGAGCUCUUUCUCGGAUGAGAACUGGUAGUGAAACGUGUCAAUAAAAAUGUAACUUAUUUAUAAUGAAAUGCAUUUUACAGGGUUCUGUGCCAGGGAAGGACACAUGCAGAUUGAAUUCAGUAUUAAAGACAGUCACAUACAAUAGAAGCACAAGUUUUCACUCAGUAACAACAAAUGCCAAGAAACAAAGACUCCAGGUUGUAUCAUCAAGACUCACCAGCAUGAAGAACAGAAAGUCUUCUGGCGCCUUAGAGUAGAGUCCUGUUUACAGAGCAGCUCAAGACAGUCACAUAAUCUAAACAUAACUGUUCAUCUGUGGCGUGCAGGCGUUGGCUUCAUCAUUUACCACAUUAAUGAUACUAAGGGCAACUGACUGAAGGGCUCUCCAGAAACGGAGUUGAACACUUCCCAGCAAAUGAGGAAAAUUGGAAACAAAAUAAAUUUAAAUAAAAUGUUGAAACCUUUUCCUGGCAGAGACGUUAGGUUCCCAAACACAGGUGCUACCAAUAAGACUUGCUGUACUGUAACAAAGUAACUGCUGCAACCGAGCCAAUGUUUUAAAUGUCUGAUGCAAAUGAAGAUCUGUGAAUCAGAUUUAAAAGUGAUCGAAGCAUGAGGGGAAGAUUUUUGACAGCUUAGAAAGGAAAAAUGGUUAAUUAAAGCUUUCAGUCAUAAUAAAAUCCAGUGUUUGCACAUGUUGGUCAGUAUGUUAACAUGGUAGAACUGUGGAGGGCCCUUAUGAACGUUGUUGGAGUCAGUACUGUUGUGUUAUCGUUCCACAGAAAUAUUUGCUAUUUGCAUGCUAUUUAUAUUAAAUACUGGAGCACAGUUGCUUAUGUGACUUUAGGACAUCAAGCAGCUUAAGUGCUUCAUGUUUAUGACUUCGAAACACAACUGGUCAUUUACAGGGCUUUAAAAUGUGCUGUGAAACCUGCUGUAUGAAACGUGGAAGCCAUUGUACUGAACAGUCACUCAGGUUUAGGCUUCAGCAUAGGCCUGUAUGCCAUAUUUGUCCUUUGAAAUGUAGUACAGUUAGGCAGUUUUGGUGAUGAAAAGCUUAAGUUAUAUACCAUUUAUUUGAAGAUGUUUUAUUUGUGUGCUUUUGUAUAUAAUUUAAUAAUGUUUAUGUUGCAAUCAGAAAAACUGGAUGUUCUUGUUUUGGUCCAGAUGUUGUCUGCAUGUAAUAAAAUUGUUCCAAAGCCAUUUUCCUCCUCAACCCUAUUCUCAGUUUCUGGUUUAUUAGCCACGUUCAAACUUAUAAGUGUGUUUUUUCACGUGUCUGUCCUCAUUGAUAUUAAUUCCAAAAAAAUAUCAUUUUGAAAGUGUAAGUGAAAGUUGGAUUAAAACAUUUCUAAAACUGUUCACACAGUUCAUCACAGAGUUAUAAAUUCAAUGCAGGGUUAUUGUUUGUUGCUCUGUUAGUUUUGAAUGAAUGUAUAUAAUAAACUGGCAAAUGAGUGUAUUUUUUCUAUUGUCUUUCUUUAAGAUGGGUAGUGUUCCAAUAUAGAUUUGGUGUGUGACAUGGGAAAGUGUUGAUUGGCUGCAGUAACACGUGAUGGUAAAUGUGUCAAAUAAAGAUCUGUAUCUGA